AUGGCCGUCGUUAAAGUUGCUGAGUUGAGAUCCAAGUCCGAGGAACAAUUGAACCAACAAUUGCUUGAGUUGAAGCAAGAGUUGGCCUCUUUGAAGGUCCAAAAGGUCACCAAGGCUGUCCCACAAAUCACCGUUGUCAGAAGAAACAUCGCCAGAGUUUUGACUGUCAUCAACGCCAACCAAAGACAAAGCGUCAGAGAAUUGUACGCCGGUAAGAAGUUGCUCCCAAAGGACUUGAGAGCCAAGAAGACCAGAGCUUUGAGAAGAGCCUUGUCCAAGGAGGAUGCUGCUAGAGUGACCGUCAAGGCCAGAAAGCAACAAAUCGCCUUCCCAAAGAAGGUCUACGCCCUCAAGGCUUAA